CAAUUGAAUAUUGAAGUGAUAAAAAGAAUGUUUUAUCUGCUUUAAUGAUACAAACUAUAUAAUAUUGUUAUUUUAUAUUUACAUUAUUUUGGGGAAUUUAAAGGAAUGAUUUCUGUUAUAAAAUGAAUGUAUGUAUUUACAGAAAUUUAAACUGUGGCUAGUUGUCACACUUUUAGCUCCAGUUAACACACGUACACCCGGAGCAGUUAACAAAUGUUAAACUGUAUUAAUGUAUCUUAUAAAUGUAAAAAUAUCGGACAACAUGCCCGACUUGACGUUAUAUAAAAAGGUCGCUAUGAGAUGUUGAUUCGUGAUUUUUUAAAAAUCUCAUUGGUCGGUCUGUCACGGCCUUUUUUCAUUGGACGGCCUUGUGCGUUUCUUUAUUUUCCAUUGGUUCAGACAAAUGGCGGAAGAUUCUCAUUGGCACUGACAGGGCUGCGUUACCACUUUAAAGCCACAAAACAACAAACAUCUAAAAAUAAAAAUCAAUCUAUACGAAUCAAAUUUCAACUUAAACCACACGGACGCAUGCCGGCACGACACCUAUGCUUCCACAGUCUCACACUUAUUAAAAACAUAUAAUAAUGCAUUUGUCGCCCCGGGCCGCGCGUCUGUUGCUAGGCAGAUUAUGUUAAUAUAUGCAAGGCAGCCAUCUCUGCAGCUACCAUUCCGAGGGAAGACCCACUUCAUCCUUUUCCAAAAAAUGCUUAAAACUCUCGGGAAAUCCACAUCAGAACCUUAAGCGCGGAUUCAGGAUCGUCUCUCAGUCUGCUGGUGGUUGAUGACAGGUGGAUUGGAGAAGGAGGUGUUUGGAGUCACCUCAGGCCGUUGCCAUGGACGCAAAAGAGGAGACAUCACCUGUGUGGAGUACAGAUGCAAACAACGACACUGGAAACCCAACUCAGAUGCAUUUUGAGGCUGGUACGGUUGCUCAGAUCGUGUACAGCGGGGAUCAGUCUGACCGGGGACAGCAGCAGGUUGUAUACACCGCUGACGGAAGCUCCUACACAUCUGUCGAGUCUGCUGAACACACGCUGGUGUACAUACAUCCUGCUGAUGGAACUCAGGGUGUGUUUACAGAUCAGCCGCAGGUGGCAUACAUUCAGCAAGAUGGUACAACCCAGCAGGUGACCGUGUUGCUACCGAGCGGUCAGAACAUGAAUACUGCCAAUCUUCACGUAUUGAGUAACGUAGCUGAUGGCCCACAGGCGAUCUUGGAACCUGUGACACAGAGCCAACUUGCUGUGACUCACGCGGCUCUUCCCAGCUUAGCAGAGGCUACAUCCAGUCCUCUGGGGGCCACAGACUCCACUGUGGAUUCGGAAGAUGAGGAAGAUGAUAACGAUAGUGAAGAUUCUGAAAUGGACGAUUGGGAACCCAGGACGCUUCAGCCCUUCACCCCACAGAACCUCUGGUGUGAGGAGUGCAAUAACGCUAAUCCAGGCACUUGUUUGAAACACGGCCCUGUACAUCCCAUUCUCAGCCGACUCGUGAUGUCCAAGGCUAGAUCCAGUCUUCCUCUCAUCCUUUAUAUCGACCGCUUCCUGGGCGGAGUCUUUACCAAGAGGCGGAUCCCUAAACGUACACAAUUUGGGCCGGUAGAAGGGCCGCUGGUGCGACAGAGCCAGCUACAGGACACACACAUACAUCUUAAACUGUACAUGUUAAACCCUGAGAAAGAGGGAGAGAGAACCGAGGACCUCUGGUUCGACCUGACCAAUGAAGAGCAGUGUAACUGGAUGAUGUUUGUCCGUCCUGCACAGAACCAUCUAGAGCAGAACCUGGUGGCCUAUCAGUACGGCUCUGAGAUUUUUUACACCAGCAUUAAGAACAUUCAACCCAAACAGGAGCUUAAGGUGUGGUACGCUGCAUCAUACGCUGAGUUUGUCAAUCAGAAGGUUCAUGAUGUCACAGAAGAGGAGAGGAAAGUUUUACGAGAGCAGGAGAAGAACUGGCCGUGUUAUGAGUGCAACAGACGGUUCAUGAGCUCUGAGCAGCUUCAGCAGCACUUAAACAUGCAUGAUGACAAGCUGGACCUCGUCCAAAGGCCAAAGGGGCGUGGCCGUGGGCGGGGCAGGAAACGUUUUGGGGCUGCAAGGCGGCCAGGACGGCGCACAAAGUUCAUCUGCUCACAGAUUCCUGUUGAAAGUGCUGACAAGACACAGGAGCUGUUAGAGUCUGUAGAUAAACUUCCAUAUGAAGAGAGAACGGAAGGAGCUCUUAAUGGCCUGAAGGUGAUGGAGAUGACGGCUGACCCAGUGGAGGCGGAGAUAGGGGAGGGGCUUGAUAACCUUACUACCCACACCGAGUCUUUACAAGACGAGGGGGAUUCGGGCACCAUGCCUCCACCCUCGGAAGUCCCAGAAUCUGUGAAAGAGGACCUGCCUCAAACGGUUCCUGCAGACCCCCACCUGACUCCACAGGAUAUGAGGCGAGCGAGAAGAAUUAGGAAUGCCGCUCUCCAGCAUCUUUUUAUUCGUAAGUCCUUUCGACCCUUUAAAUGCCUCCAGUGCGGGAAGGCGUUCCGGGACAAAGACAAGCUGGAUCAGCACAUGCGGUAUCACGGGCGGGACAGCUGCCGCCACGUGUGCCAUCAGUGCGGUAAAGGCUUCCUGUCCAGCGACGCUUUAGAGGAUCACUUGCUGCUACACUCUGAUCAGCGCACAUACUCAUGUCUGUUCUGCACGGAGUCCUACGACAGACUGGACCUGCUCAAGGUGCACGUGGGAGUUCACCUGGUCAACGGCUGCUUUUCCUGCCCCUCCUGCAAGAAAACCUUUACGGACUUCAUACAGGUUAAGAAACACGUGAGGAGUUUUCACUCUGAGAAGAUCUUCCAGUGUACAGAGUGUGAUAAGGCUUUCUGUAGACCUGAUAAACUGCGACUGCACAUGCUCCGCCACUCCGACCGGAAAGACUUCCUCUGCUCCACCUGUGGCAAACAGUUCAAGAGGAAGGAUAAACUACGGGAGCACAUGCAGAGGAUGCACAACCCGGAGCGCGAGGCCAAGAAGGCGGAUCGGAACCACCGCACCAAAGCUCUGAAACAUAAGGAGCCCACCACUGACUUCGAGAGCUUCAUGUUCAAGUGCAGACUCUGCAUGAUGGGCUUCAGGAGGAGGGGGAUGCUGGUGAAUCACCUGUCUAAACGACAUCCUGAGAUGCGAAUUGAGGAGGUGCCUGAGCUGACCCUGCCCAUCAUUAAACCCAACAGAGAUUACUACUGCCAGUACUGUGAUAAGGUGUAUAAAAGUGCCAGUAAGAGGAAGGCUCACAUUCUAAAGAACCACCCGGGGGCAGAGUUGCCCCCCAGUAUCCGUAAGCUGCGUCCUGCCGGGCCUGGAGAGCCCGACCCCAUGCUAAGCACACACACCCAGCUGACGGGCACCAUCGCCACCGCGCCCGUGUGCUGCCCACACUGUGCCAAACAAUACAGCAGCAAGACGAAGAUGGUCCAGCACAUUCGUAAGAAACAUCCAGAAUAUCCGUAUAACAGCAGCAGCAGCAGCAUCCAAGCGCCUCUGGCUGCUUCAGUCAUCAGCAGCACACCAGCAGACGGGGGCACUGCAGAGGCCGUUGUGACGACAGACCUCCUGACGCAGGCCAUGACGGAGCUGUCCCAGACCCUGAACACAGACUACCAGAGAAUCCAGUAUAUUCCUAUUUCUCAAGCAGGUGGAGGAGGAUUAUCGCAGCCACAGCACAUACAGCUACAAGUGGUGCAAGUGGCCCAGUCGUCGUCUCCUCAUUCUCAGCACUCAACAGUGGACGUGAGUCAGUUACACGAUCCACACAGUUACAGUCAGCACUCUAUUCAGGUUCAGCACAUACAGGUGACCGAACCCUCGGGGACAGUGCAGGCUAAUGCACAGGUGACGGGUCAACCUCUAAGCCCGUCCUCCCAGCAAGCUGCCCAGGAGCUCAGCACCACCCAGUUGACCCCUGUGACCCUGGCCCAAGGUCAGACUCUACAAACAUCAACCAAUCAGACGCAAGUAGCUUCACAGCACGCUUACCUACCCAGCAACUGGAAUUAUAGGAGUUAUCCAUCUGAGAUCCAGAUGAUGGCUCUGCCACACACUCAAUAUGUGAUAGCAGAGGCCAGCACCCCUGUCACGGCUGCCGGCAACAGCAGUCAGGUCAAAACGACACAUUACGUCAUCUCUGAAGGACAAACUGAGCUGGAUGGCAAAGAGUUGAACCCGUCCACUUCCGAACAUGAUAAUCCCGACCAACUGGAGCCGCCCAACGUCAGUCAGCAGACCACCACACAGUACAUCAUCACGACCACCACCAACGGGACGGGAGCCAGCGAAGUUCACAUUACUAAACCCUGAGCGAGAAAAGAGAUGGAUUACAUGAAGAAACAGAUUUCCGAUUUCGUUUUAUUUUUUUGAAGAAGAAUAUAGAGUAAAUUAACAAAUUGUUAAAUAGUGAAGAAUUGUGAAGCUUUUUAUAUGAAAUGCACAAAACAUACUAGUGGUUAGCUGUGCUUCUAAAGACCCAAACAGGCCGGCUCAUAUAUCGUUUUACAUAUUAAGAACUGUUUUAAUAUGCACCACCCUGCCUCCUACCAUCUUCAUUUAAUGGUGUUGGUUAUUUUUCUAUUCGUAUCCUUUAAGUUAUUGUGUCCCCACAACUUAAGUGGUCAUCAAUGUCACAGGUUUUCGUAUAAUUAUUUGGAAUACUUUCAUUUCACAGUAAAGACAAAACUGCAGCAAAAAUAAAUGUUAUUUUCGGCUCUGUUCGAUGUGUUCAAGGUAUCUGACCUGAUCCAUAUUUGCAUUACAGAUUAAACGGUCGGAGACCGGAUCUUUUAUAUGUUUGACAUCCUAUACAAAAGAACCUGAACAUGAAGUAUUGAUGAUAUGAGAUCAACCUUGACAGAUUGUUAUAAUAUAUGACAUUUGACCAGCUAUUCUAUGUGUUAAGAGUUGAGAUAGAGGUUUGGAUAUGAGCUUCACCAUCUCUCUCAAAAAUCAUUAUAGAAUAGAAAAGGAACAUGAUCUCAACUCAUUAUUCUGUGAAUUAAUGACUGGAUUUUAACAACGUGUGUUUCAUCGUUUGUGUUUAUGAACUUACUGGUAUUUAUUUGGGGUUUGCACAUUCACAAAGUGGUGCACUGCUGCAUCUUUAUAACCUGAAAAAAAAGGGAAAAUAUAUCCGUAUAUAUAUUCACUAUUUAUACAGAGACAAACUUGUACAAUGUAAAAACGGUAUCUGUACUUUUCUGAUAAGUAUUGUUGUAAUUAUUGACUCUGUACAGUAAAUGCACCUCAGUUUCUCGGGUUGUUGUCCCUAUGAUAGGAAAUAAAUGUGCUUUUCUACACUU